CAUAACAACACACGAUUUUCAGUGUUGUUCGACAAACAAUUGUUCUCUUGCUGUCUUUCCCAGAUUCAAAACGCUACAGAUUUCAACACACUUUCAUUGGCCCAUUUCAUUUCCAAUCCAAAUUUCUUAAAAAGUUCAGUCUUUUGUUUAUACAGCGAGGACAUAAAGUGAAAUCUGCUUGGUCUUGUUUAUUCUCUGCGUCACAGGUUGAUACGAACAAUUGAAGACCCAUUUCUCGUUGGAUAAAUAUAUGGAGGAAAUAAUAUUUCUGAAUGUUUGCUGAAAAUUUUGGAGACUGAAGAUAGUGCCUGAACAGUGAAAAUCGAUGUAAUGUGUUUAAUGAAGCAUUUCGUCUUGGUAUUUUUUCUCUGCAUAUAACAUAGAGACUAUAAUUCUGAUUUUGGAAAGGAACAAUCAAUGAAGAAGAUUUAUUGGCUUUUGGGUGUGGUUUAUCAUCAGUUCGAUGUUGCCAUUUUCAAUGCGAAGGCCAGGACUGUUGUAUUUUUUUAUGUUUGAUAUGUACAAGGUUGUAGAACUUACUGGGGAAUUGACUGAAACUGAGUGCUAUUUUUGGUUUAUGUGAUAUUGGAAUGUUUUGAUAAGAAAACAGAUUGUGGGGAAAACAGGAUUUUUAAAGGGGCUCUGAUGGCAUCUAUUAGGAGAACAUUAUCUCCUGUGCUUCGACCGGGAACUUUAAUGAAUGGGGAAGCAUGUCAAGUUGCAUCUCCUUUGUCUAAGUCGUCUUCAAACAGUCGGAAUUACCCUUUGUCAAUGGGUUCGUUGGGCAAUGCAUUGUACAAAGCCCAAUAUUUUGUACUUGGUCUUCUUUCACCCCAAUCUUCUCGUCCCUUAGAUAGGUCAAAGGUGAAGGGACAAAUUUGGCAGAGAGCUUUUCUGCAUUUCUUUAUAUGUUUUGUUAUUGGGGUUUUGUUUGGUCUUACCCCGUUUGUUGCACUGAAUUUAUCAUUCAAUGUUAUGUCAAAACCCCAAGCUAUCCACUUCGAGGUGCUCCAACCAGUUGCAAACCGUCUGGGUGACAGUGGGCACAGAAAUGAGACAUCGGUGGUGGUAGUUGACAGAUUGUCCUUAAAUGAAAAUACAACAUUAGAGCCACAAAGGGAGAGUGUUGAACCAAUAGAUGGAAUUUCUGAUGACGAUGUUUCGAAUAAUUUGAUCUAUGAAGGUUCAAAUUUGGGGCACCAUAAGCUUUUGAUCAUUGUGACACCAACAUAUGCUCGUCCGCUUCAGGCAUACUACAUGAAUCGUCUGGCGAACACAUUAAAACUGAUCCCACAUCCUUCUCUGUGGAUUGUAGUGGAGAUGAAGUCUCAGUCAUUGGAAAUAGCUGACUUAUUGAGGAAAACAGGUGUCAUGUACAGGCAUCUAGUAUGCAAUAAGAACUCAGUUAACAUAAAAGAAAGUGGUGUGCACCUUAGGAACGUGGCUCUCUCACAUAUUGAAACACACCGUCUCAAUGGAAUUGUUUACUUUGCAGAUGACGAUAACAUAUACUCCGUUAAUCUGUUUAACCAAAUGAGACAAAUCAGGCAGUUCGGUACCUGGGUAGUGGCCAAGAUAGCAGAAAGAGAAACACAUGUUGCAUUUGAGGGUCCAGUUUGUAAUGGCUCUCAAGUGAUAGGAUGGCACGCGACUGAUAUGACAAAAAGAUUUCGGAGAUUCCAUGCUGAGAUGUCUGGUUUUGCUUUUAAUAGUACUAUUAUUUGGGACCCAAAGAAAUGGAACCAGCCUACACUCGAACCAAUCAGGCACCUUGAUACAGUUGAAGAAGGUUUCCAAGCAAGCACAUUUAUCGAGCAAGUUGUGGAAGACGAAAGCCAAAUGGAAUGCAUUCCUUCAGACUCUGAAACUAUUAUGGUCUGGCAUCGUGACAAGGACUUGUAUACCCAUCCUCAAAUACGGGUUGUAGACAAUGGCUUGAGUAUUAUUGUUCCCCUUGCAUAAAGUUUUUCGCCUAAUUAGAAUUUCAACAUGGAUCCAGAGAAAUUUGAUCAAGAAGUAAAAUUCAUCUGUGCUAUUCAAGAUCUGAAGCUUAGUUAUUACCCGUUCAAAGAGCAUUGUUGGAGUCCAAAGCGUCGAAGAUGGAGAUAUUUGGACAAUACCUUUUUAUAAUCAAUCAUUCCUCAUUUCCUUGAAGUCGAAUAUUAUUUCUGUACUGUCACUGAGUCUGUGCGUACCUCCAUUAAAGGGGGAAUGGUUGGCAAAACUUGAUACGACUUGUGUGAUUAGAGUUGUGCAAGAUCAGGCUGUUUUGUUGAAGGUCUUUAUAGAGUUUCUUUUUAUACCAAACACUUGCAUUUA